GGGACCAUGUGACUCUCCUGGACCCCUAGAUCCAUGAACCCUGAAGACUCUAGGUCACUCAGUGCUUGACCCCAAGGCCACUGGAACUCAGUCACCUCCUUGAGGACCCUCAGCAGCCUCUGAGCAUGGCAAAUCCAGAGUAUCCUGGCAGCCCUGGCUUGGCAGGACCCAUUACCCAGUAUACAGCAAGGACCAGGCAGGAAGCACUGCCCUCAGGCCCAGACUUCCCACGUCCAGGACCAGAAGAACACUCAGAUGCCCAAGAUGGUCCGAGCUCUAACUCCAACAUGACCACACGGGAGCUGCAGGAGCACUGGCAGAAGGAGAAGAGCCGCUGGAAACACGUCAGGCUGCUAUUUGAGAUCGCCUCAGCCCGCAUCGAGGAGAGGAGAGUCUCCAAGUUUGUGGUGUACCAGAUCGUGGUCAUCCAGACAGGGAGCUUCGACAGCAACAAGGCGGUGUUGGAACGGCGCUACUCGGACUUCCACCGGCUACAGAAGGCCCUCCUGAAGCGCUUCGGGGCGGAGCUGGAGGACGUGGCCUUCCCGCGCAAGCGCCUGACGGGGAACCUGUCGGCGGAGACGAUCUGCGAGCGGCGCCUGGCGCUGCGGGACUACCUUCGGCUGCUGUACGCCGUGCACCCGGUGCGCCGCUCGCGCGAGUUCACCGACUUCCUCACGCGGCCCGAGCUGCGCGAGGCCUUCGGCUGCCUGCGCGCCGGCCAGUACGCACGCGCGCUCGACGUGCUGGACCGCGUGGUGCCGCUGCAGGAGAAGCUGACGGCGCACUGCCCGGCUGCCGCCGUGCCCGCGCUCUGCGCCAUGCUCGUGUGCCUGCGCGACCUGGAGCGGCCGGCCGAGGCCUUCGAGGCCGGGGAGCGCGCGCUGCGCCGCCUGCAGGCCCGCGAGAGCCACCGCUACUACGCGCCGCUGCUCGACGCCAUGGUGCGCCUGGCCUACGCGCUGGGCAAGGACUUCGUGUCCCUGCAGGGCAGGCUGGACGACAGCCAGCUCCGGACACCUGCCCACCGCGGCUUCACGCUGAAGGAGCUCACGGUGCGCGAGUAUCUGUCCUGAGUGGGCCCGGCAGGCGCCCUGGGCCCGGAGACCUGGGGUCACCUUCGCUCAUGGGUUGCUUGGGGCUCAUUUUCAAGCUGAGGAGCCGUGGCUGGUGGACCUUGCUGGGCUGCUUUGGACAAGCCCUUCCUCUGGUCUGUGUUGAGCAGAGGGGCUCCCUGGGAAGACCCAUCUUGUGUCCCUUGGGUGCCAAGUCGACUGUGUCUAAAGACAAAAGCUUUGCAGGUAAUGUAGACCUUAAGCCGGAUUGCAAGUUCAAGUCUUGCCCACAAUACAGAAAAUGAGUUC